CGAGAUAUUCGAGUCAACCGCAAGAGGGAGGGGCGGGCGGGCGCGCGCAUUCGUCGGCCGCGCGGCGCCACCAGGAAGCAUCCCCCGCAUCGGCGCAUUUCCUCCGGUCCCGUCCUUGCCUACCGUGCCCGAGACGCUCUCCGCCAUUUCGUAUCGAGUUUGAGGUGAAGGAGGAGAAAGGGGGAGGCCGACCGGAGACCGGCGCGAGUGAUGUCGUGGCUCCGCAGCGCGGUGCACCGCGCGGUGGAGGCGAGCGGCGGCCGCAGCUCCCUCCUCACCCGCACCGUCCGCACUUCCCUCGACACCGUCGUCCACCACGCUGGCCAGGCCGUCGCGGGUGGCGCCAGGUUCAUCAUCGGGAAUCGGAACUACAAGAGCGCGAAGGUGACGGCUAAGAGGCUGGAGGAGGCGGCGCUCUCCUACAAGGGGGAGGAGCGGGCGCAGCUGCUGCGCCGGUGGCUCGUCGCGCUCAAGGAGACCCAGCGCGCGGCCUCGGCGAUGCGGGAGCCGCAACGCGUGGACGAUCCGAAUCAAACCGCGCCCCUGUUGGAUCUGUACGUGGAUUACGAGAGCGGGGCAGAGCCAAUGAACUUUCUCCACGUCUUCCUCUACAGCCAAGCGCUUGAGUGUGUUGUUCUCUCCAUGAUUCUGGAAGCCCCAACUGAAGAAGAAGUUUCGCUGCUCUCGGAAAUUUUCGGAAUGUGCCUUUCUGGAGGGAAGGAUGUGCACAAUGCAAUCCUGAGUAGUAUAAAGGACUUGGCAAAGUUAUUUUCAAGUUAUCGUGAUGAAGUAUUGGCAAAACGCGAUGAGCUGCUUCAGUUUGCUCAGGGUGCUAUCUCAGGGUUAAAGAUAAAUGCUGACAUUGCAAGAUUAGAUGAUGAAAUCAUGCAGUUACAACAACAGAUAAAUGCAAUGGAUGUGCAUCGAGCUACUUCAACCAGCAACCAUAAUAAAGCAUCUCAAACGGUCACUGAGGGUUUCAAAAAUGCAGUUGCUGAGGUUCGUCUUUGCUCUAGAAUGGAAGAACUUGUAUUGAAGAAGAAAUCAAUAUAUCCUGGCGACUCAUUGGAGACUCAUUUUGAGAAGGUCGAUAAACUGAAGGUUUUGUCUGAAUCUCUUGCAAAUUCAUCUGCAAAAGCAGAAAAGCGUAUCAUGGAAAAUAGGCUACAAAAGGAAGAAUCUCUUAUCUUCCGAGUUACCAAAACAAAUGAAGUUAGUGGUACAGAAAAGGAAUUAGUUGCUGAGAUCUCUGGACUUGAGAAGCAAAGGGAUCAACUUGAGGCAGAACUAAAGAAGGUGAAUACUAAAUUAAACGCGGCUACUGUGAAGCUUAAAAAAACUCGAGAGGAGCGAGACCAAUUUGAUGAAGCCAGCAAUCAGAUUGUGUUACACCUGAAAACUAAGGAAGAUGAACUUUCAAGAUCCAUUGCUUCAUGCAAAGUAGAAGCAAGCACUGUUAGUGCGUGGAUCAACUUUUUAGAGGAUACAUGGAAAUUGCAGUCUUUAUUUGAAGAGCUAAAAGAAAAGCAGGCCAAUGAUGAAUUGGAUAGAUGUGGAGUCUGCUUUGCGAAAUUGAUUAAGCAUCAUGUUUCUGCAUGCAUGGAAGAGCUGAGCAGUUCUGUCGAUCAUAUCAAAACGCUUGUUGAUAACUUAAAAAUAUUCAGUGACAGAUCGGUGUCAGCAGAGGAUGGUGAUAAUGCUUCGUCUAAGCAAUCAAACCCUCGUAAAUACCUUGAGCAAGAAUACCUGGAAACUGAGAAAAAGGUUGUAGCCGCAUUCAGUUUGGUUGACAGUAUCAGAGCAUUAUUUUGUUCUAAUCAAGACUGUGAAACGAGGAGAGAUGAUCCCGAGGUCAAAAGUCUAUUUGCCACAGUUGACAAGCUGCGCGUUGAGUUUGAAUCUGUGCCACGCCCAGUACUGCAAAUCGAGAUCAACGAACAGGAAGAGAAAACAAGACGAUCCCGUUCCUUCAAGGCAUCUGCCUCACCAAGCCAUUCAAGAAGCGAUUCCCCGAUCGCGGCUCAGCUCAGGACACGGCUACCAUCAGAGUCUGAUUCAGAAAUGGCGAAAUUCGACCAAGAUUACAAGGCUGACGAGAUCAGUGGGUGGGAAUUUGAUGACCUUGAAGAUGAGACAAGAUCUGGCUUCCAAUAAUCCGUGUAGGGUGGGAAAUGAAACUCAUACCAGCAGUAGUCGAUGUAAAAUCACUAGCACAAAAGCCUGAGAAAUGUAUAGCAGUCUAGCAGAGCAGUGUACAAUAUAACCGUCGUUUCUGUUCAGUUUAUUUUUUUCUGUCACGCCCUGUGAAUGUUGUCGUCUGCAAUCUGCACAUAUGACUAGUAUAAGUGAAAACCAACUACGUGUAUAUGCAAACAAUUUUCUUGGGUACUAUGCCAUGGUGACAUUGUAAAAGUCAACCUCUUCUUUUA